CUUUCUUCUUUACUUCUCCACAAUACCCAUCUUCUCAAAGCAUUAGUGAUAGAUUCGGCGGUAGCAUUAGUUAUUGAUUGCCAGGCAGAUGGCAUCUAUCACUAAGAGAGUGAAUGAAUUCAACCACCAACGACCACUCUUUCUCCCCUCUUGGAACGAAUUCAUCCAGGUAUGUUUCUUUCUCUCCUCUUUGUGUGAAACAGGCGUGCCAUUUUGUUGUGUGUCCAUUUCGCUCCGUUUGCUGUCGAUCUAAGCAUAGCCCUAAAUUUUGAAAAUUUUGAGUUUUGUAAAGUUUCUAUAUAAUUUAAUAGGAAAACAUGUUUGAGUCCAUUGGCUCUAAUGCUUUCCCUGCAGAAGGGAAGAAAGCGCAUUACAAGAAACGCAACCGACAAGAGGUUGAAAGCGGGCAUCUGUCUGCAACCCAACGUUCAUUUAAGGUAAUAAUUCAAUUUUCUUCUUAACGACAACACCAACACCAUUCCUUAACACUAAAUUACCUUAAUUUUGACGUCGUUAUUUCCUUAACCGUGUAAUCUCUUUUGCAUGUUGUUCGCCACUUGAAAAGAUGCCUAAACAUUUGCACUUUGAAGACUCCCUACUAGUGCAGGAAACAAAAAUGUUAUACCCAGAUGAGUUCCUAUCGGUGCAGGAAACACAGUCACCCGAAGAGCGGUUUCAAGUAAGAUAUGUGUGGUUUUAUCCCUUAUGUGAAAAUUAUUAAUCAUAAUCAAAUUAUUUCAUUUUGCAGGUCGUGGAUCCAAAAAGCAAGGAUCUUCUUGACACUUUCGAUCGACAAAUUGAUUUGGAUCAUCCAAGUGUACAUCAUAUUGUUGAAAUAGCUGCAAAAAAGGAGAUCUUAUUCUAUCAUCCACGGGGUUAUUCAGAUUUGGAAGCUAAACAUAUAAGGAAAAAGAUAUAUAAGAAGAGGAAAAUUAGUGUGACUGAUGAAGAGGUUAAGAGAGUAUUGAAAUUUCUCCAUUUCAAAUUUAAUUUGUAUUGCUGGAAUAUGCAACGUGGGUACCCAGGUCUGAAGUUUGAUUAUGACAAUGGUACUUUUUCAAAAGUAACAAACCUUAAGCCCGAUAGUUCCGGUUUGAGAGAAACGAUAGAAUGCUUUACGUUUGACUACAGAUACCCGAUCUUAUAUUUUAAGAGUCUUAAAGUCAUUUUUAAAGAGACAUUUUUAAAACAUAGAAAUUCUCUGAAGAACAAGGAAAAGAAGGCGACUAGUAAAAAGCUGAUCAAUUCAAUAGGGGAGGCGAGUGGUAGUGGUGUUACACGAAUGUCAACAUCGGAUGACAUAUUUAAAUCUGUGAGGAAACCCCCACAAAGCACGUCAUCGCUCAAGGCUUUCACAAAAGAGCUUGAUGCUCGUCCUCCGGAAUUGAAUGAUUUGGUGCUUAGGAUUAAUACAUUAUUUGAUUCGGAUAUCAAGAUAAUGAGAAUUACCAAUACAUUAUUAAGGGCUUUCGCUGUCUGCCCGGAUUUGGCUAAGCUAUAUCGGAAUUAUGAUGACGACACGUUUAAGACAGAAUUGAUUAACCUAGUGAGUAUAGUUGUCCCGUAGUGUGUGGAUUUCGCUGGAAUGCCUAAUGGUUGUGGAUUUCGCUGGAUUUGGUUCUUGUCGAAUUUGCUGUGUCAAUGUGAACCGG